UGAUGUCAGUCAGAGACAUACAGGAAGUGUCUGUGGUAAUUGUGAAGAUUUGACAUCAUCAAUGGUGUCUCAACCAGUAUCUCGUGAUGAACCAGAUUCAGCUGAUGGCACCACAAAAAAGCUUCCAAGUAGUCACAAAAUGGCCGCUCUACUGAAGGGCAAUAUUUCACGUAUAAUUAGCAUGUCUGAUGAGGAUUUACAGGUUCUAGCAGAUGCAGAUACCACAGAACUGGCCCAAGAUCUUGGGGAAUCCAUGGUAUAUGCACAGUCCUUACAGGAAGCAUGCCAACGCCAUCUUGAUGACCGGGUUCAGACAAGAAAAGCCAUUGAUUUGCUGCGUUUGUACAGCAAAGCUCACUCCAUCAGUCCAUAUGUUGAGACAGAAAGUAGCAAAAAGCGUUGCCACAGCAGGGACAUAUCGUCAUAUUCAUGAACCAAGGCCAAACUUUCAUGGCAGGGAAGAAUAGGUUGUGUGCCUUUGAGACGUGAAAGCUCUCUCGUGUGAUCAGCUAGCAAGUUAUUGGUUUUUUUUUGCCUGCAGACCACAUCAUGGUGGCAAGCACCAGCAUAAAUCUGUGUAUAAUUCCAUGAUUUUUGUGGAAGAAAAUUGGUUGUUAAUUUAGGUUGUAAACAUGACUUAUCACAUACUGGGAGAAAUGCUUUUGUUUCAGCUUAAAUAUCAUUAAGAGUAACAGCUGCUCACUCAGCUUGAUAAACAUCAUUAACCUUCUUAGCAAGGUGGUGUUGUGGUCCUGU